UCCAGGCGCCCGCAAGGACAGCGAGAGGAGCUCGCCCGUGCAGCUCUCGGAGCCCCCUGCACUUUGGUGGGAAAGGCUGCGGAGAGCCAAGGAGACGCGGUGACGGGGAAAAUGUGCAUCCUGUCCAAACAGAACCGAAUCUAGAAGGCCAGGGACACGCACGUCUGCAGGCUUGCUCAGGGGUUCACACUUGGUGCUCAGACAAAUUCAAAAUGAGGAAACACCGGCACCUGCCCUUAGUGGCCGUCUUGUGCCUCUUUCUCUCAGGCUUUUCCAUGACUCAUGGCCAACAACAAGCAGAUGUCAAAAAUGGUGCUGCUGCCGAUAUAAUAUUUCUAGUGGAUUCCUCUUGGAGCAUUGGAAAGGAACAUUUCCAACUUGUUCGAGAGUUUCUGUAUGAUGUUAUACAAUCUUUAGCUGUGGGAGAAAAUGAUUUCCAUUUUGCCCUGGUCCAGUUCAACGGAAACCCACAUACCGAGUUCCUGUUAAAUACGUAUCACACUAAACAAGAAGUCCUUUCCCAUAUUUCCAACAUGUCUUAUAUUGGGGGAAGCAAUGAGACUGGAAAAGGAUUAGAAUACGUAAUUCAAAAUCACCUGUCUGAGGCUGCUGGAAGCCGGGCCAGUGAUGGAGUCCCUCAGGUUAUCGUAGUGUUGACCUAUGGACAUUCGGAGGGCGGCCUCACCCUGCCCUCAGCGGGACUUAAAUCUGCUGGCGUUAACGUGUUUGCAGUUGGAGUUGAGGAUGCAGAUGAAGGAGCGUUAAAAGAAAUAGCAAGUGAACCACUCAAUAUGCAUGUUUUCAACCUAGAGAAUUUUACCUCCCUUCAUGACAUAGUAGGAAACUUAGUGUCCUGUGUGCAUUCAUCCGUGAGUCCAGAAAGGGCUGGGGACACGGAAAGCCUUAAAGACAUCACAGCACAAGACUCUGCUGACAUUAUUUUCCUUAUUGAUGGAUCAAACAACACCGGAAGUGUCCAUUUCGCACUCCUUCGUGACUUCCUUGUAAAUCUCCUUGAGAGACUCUCAGUUGGAAUUCAGCAGAUCCGAGUGGGGGUGGUCCAGUACAGUGAUGAGCCCAGAACCAUGUUCUCCUUGGAUACCUACUCCACCAAGGCUCAGGUUCUGGAUGCAGUGAAAGCCCUUGGCUUCGCUGGUGGGGAGCUGGCCAAUAUCGGCCUUGCCCUUGAUUUUGUAGUGGAGAAUCACUUCACCCGGGCAGGGGGCAGCCGAGCGGAGGAAGGGGUUCCCCAGGUGCUGGUCCUCAUAAGUGCCGGGCCUUCUAGUGACGAGAUUCGUGACGGGGUGGUGGCGCUGAAGCAGGCUAGCGUGUUCUCAUUUGGCCUCGGAGCCCAGGCCGCCUCCAGGGCAGAGCUGCAGCACAUAGCUACCGAUGACAACUUGGUGUUUACUGUCCCGGAAUUCCGUAGCUUUGGGGACCUCCAGGAGCAAUUACUGCCGUACCUUGUUGGCGUGGCCCAAAGGCACAUUGUCUUGCAACCGCCAACCAUUGUCACCCAAGUCAUUGAAGUCAACAAGAGGGACAUAGUCUUCCUGGUGGAUGGCUCGUCCGCAUUGGAACUGGAAAACUUCGUUGCCAUCCGAGAAUUCAUUGCCAGAGUCAUCCAGAGGCUGGAAAUCGGACAGGAUCUUGUCCAAGUGGCGGUAGCUCAGUAUGCGGACACCGUGAAGCCCGAGUUCUACUUCAAUAGCUACUCAAACAAAAAGGAGGUCAUAAGCGCUGUGCGGAGAAUGAAACCGCUGGAUGGCUCGGGCCUCUACACGGGCUCCGCUCUGGACUUUGUUCGGAACACCCUUUUCACUAGCUCGGCCGGCUACCGGGCCGCCGAGGGGGUCCCCAAGCUUUUGGUGCUGAUCACAGGUGGUAAGUCGCUGGACGAGAUCAGCCAGCCUGCGCAGGAGCUGAAGAGGAGCAGCAUCGUGUCCUUUGCCAUCGGGAGCAAGGCCGCCGACCAGGCCGAGCUCAGCGAGAUCGCGUUCGAUUCCUCCCUGGUCUUCGUCCCCGCCGACUUCCAAACCGCCUCUCUGCAAGGCGUUCUCCCCAGCGUGCUGGCGCCCCUCAGGACCCUCUCCGGAACCCCUGAAGUUCACGUAAACAAAAGAGAUAUCAUCUUUCUCUUGGAUGGAUCAGUCAACGUUGGAAAAGCCAAUUUCCCUUAUGUGCGUGACUUUGUAAUGAACCUAGUUAACAGCCUUGAUGUUGGAAAUGACAAUAUUCGUGUUGGUUUAGUACAAUUUAGUGACACUCCAGUAACAGAGUUCUCUCUAAACACAUACCAGACAAAGUCAGAUUUGCUUGGUCACCUGAGGCAGUUGCAGCUCAAGGGGGGUUUGGGCCUGAACACUGGCUCAGCCCUAAGCUAUGUGCGUGCCAACCACUUCACCGAAGCUGGCGGCAGCAGGAUCCGUGAACACGUGCCGCAGAUCCUUCUCCUGCUCACAGCUGGGCAGUCUGAGGACUCGUAUUUGCAAGCUGCCAACGCGCUGGCACGCGUGGGUGUCCUGACCUUCUGUGUGGGAGCCAGCCAGGCAAAUAAGGCAGAGCUGGAGCAGAUUGCUUUUAACCCAAGCCUGGUGUACCUCAUGGAUGGUUUCAGCUCCCUGCCGGCUCUGCCUCAGCAGCUGAUUCAGCCCCUAACCACAUAUGUUAGUGGAGGUGUGGAGGAAGUCCCACUCGCCCAGCCAGAGAGCAAGCGAGACAUUCUUUUCCUCUUUGAUGGCUCAGCCAAUCUCGUGGGCCAGUUUCCUGCUGUCCGUGACUUUCUCUACAAGAUUAUCGACGAGCUCGAUGUGAAGCCAGAUGGCACCCGCAUUGCAGUGGCUCAGUACAGCGAUGAUGUCAGGGUGGAGUCCCGUUUCAAUGAACAUCAGACAAAGCCUGAGAUCCUGAAUCUUGUGAAGAGAAUGAAGAUCAAGACGGGCAAAGCCCUCAACCUGGGCUACGCCCUGGACUAUGCACAGAGGUACAUCUUUGUGAAGUCUGCCGGCAGCCGGAUCGAGGACGGGGUGCUUCAGUUCCUGGUGCUGCUGGUUGCGGGGAGGUCGUCGGACUCUGUGGGUGGGCCAGCCAGCAACCUGAAGCAGAGCGGAGUGGUGCCUUUCAUCUUCCAAGCCAAGAAUGCGGACUCUGCUGAGUUAGAGCAGAUAGUGCCAUCCCCAGCGUUUAUUCUGGCCGCCGAGUCGCUUCCCAAGAUCGGAAACCUUCAGCCACAGAUCGUGAAUCUCUUGAAAUCGGUGCACAACGGAGCGCCAGCACCAGUUUCAGGAGAAAAGGACGUGGUGUUUCUGAUCGAUAGUUCUGAGGGUGUCCGGAGCGGAUUCCCUCUGUUGAAAGAGUUUGUGCAGAGAGUGGUGGAGAGUCUGGACGUGGGUCCUGACCGGGUCCGCGUGGCCGUGGUGCAGUACAGCGACCGGACCAGGCCCGAGUUCUACCUGAAUUCAUACAUGGACCAGCAGGGUGUCAUCGGCGCCGUGCGCGGGCUGACCCUGCUGGGAGGGCCGACCCCCAACACCGGGGCCGCCCUGGACUUUGUCCUGAGGAAUAUCCUGAUCAGCUCUGCAGGGAGCAGGAUGGCAGAAGGCGUCCCCCAGCUCCUGAUCGUGCUCACGGCCGACAGGUCUGGGGAUGACGUGAGGGGCCCCUCUGUGGUCCUGAAGAGAGGAGGCGCAGUGCCCAUCGGCAUUGGCAUCGGGAACGCUGACAUCACGGAGAUGCAGACCAUCUCCUUCAUCCCGGACUUCGCUGUGGCCAUCCCCACCUUCCGCCAGCUGGGGACCGUCCAGCAGGUCAUCUCCGAGAGGGUGACCCAGCUCAGCCGUGAAGAGCUGAGCAGGUUGCAGCCAGUUCUGCUCCCUCCAACGAGCCCAGGUGUCAGUGGCAAGAAAGACGUGGUCUUCCUCAUCGAUGGGUCCCAGAGCGCUGCCCCUGAGUUUCAGUACAUCCGCACCCUCAUCGAGAGACUGGUGGACUACCUGGACGUGGGCUUCGACACGACCCGGGUGGCGGUCAUCCAGUUCAGCGAGAGCCCCCGGGUGGAGUUUCUGCUGAACGCCCACUCCAGCAAGGACGAAGUGCAGAACGCGGUGCGGCGGCUGAGACCCACGGGAGGGAGGCAGAUCAACGUCGGGGGUGCCCUGGAGUACGUGUCCAGGAACAUCUUCAAGAGGCCCCUGGGGAGUCGGAUUGAAGAGGGUGUCCCUCAGUUCCUGGUCCUCAUCUUGUCUGGGAAGUCCGACGACGAGGUGGAUGAGCCAGCCGUGGAACUGAAGCAGUUCGGCGUGGCACCUUUCGCGAUAGCCAGGAACGUGGACCAGGAGGAGCUGGUGAAGAUCUCUCUGAGCCCCGAGUAUGUGUUCUCGGUGAGCACCUUCAGGGAGCUGCCCAGCCUGGAGCAGAAGCUGCUGACCCCCAUCAGCACCCUCACCUCGGAGCAGAUACAGCGCAUCCUGGCGACCACGCGUUAUCCUCCCCCAGCUGUUGAGAGUGAUGCUGCAGACAUUGUUUUUCUAAUCGACAGCUCUGACGGCGUUCGGCCUGACGGCAUUGCACAUAUUCGAGAUUUUGUUAGCAGGAUUGUUCGAAGACUCAACAUUGGCCCCAAUAAAGUGAGAAUCGGGAUUGUGCAGUUCAGCAAUGACGUCUUCCCAGAGUUCUACCUGAAGACCUACAAGUCCCAGGCCCCUGUGCUGGAUGCCAUCCGGCGCCUCAGGUUCAAGGGCGGGUCUCCACUGAACACCGGCAAAGCUCUGGAAUUCGUGGCAAGAAAUUUCUUUGUUAAGUCUGCUGGGAGCCGGAUAGAAGAUGGGGUACCCCAACACCUGGUCCUGUUUCUGGGUGGAAAAUCCCAGGAUGAUGUUUCCAAGUUUGCACAGGUGAUAAGUUCCUCAGGGAUUGUGAGUUUAGGAGUGGGCGACCGGAACAUCGACAGAACGGAGUUGCAGACCAUCACCAACAACCCCAGACUGGUCUUCACGGUGAGAGAGUUCAGAGAGCUUCCCAACAUAGAAGAAAGGGUCAUGAACUCGUUUGGACCCUCUGGAGCCACUCCUGCACCGCCAGGAGUGGACAUCCCUUCUCUUUUACGGCCAGAGAAGAAGAAAGCAGACAUUGUGUUCCUGUUGGAUGGUUCCAUCAACUUCAGGAGGGACAGUUUCCAGGAGGUUCUCCGUUUCGCGUCCGAAAUUGUGGACACAGUUUACGAAGAGGGUGAUUCCAUCCAAGUAGGGCUGGUCCAGUACAACUCCGACCCCACAGACGAAUUCUUCCUGAAGGACUUUUCCACCAAGAGGCAGAUUAUUGAUGCCAUCAACAAAGUGGUCUACAAAGGGGGGAGACACGCGAACACCAAGGUGGGCCUCGAGCACCUGCGGCUGAACCACUUCGUGCCCGAGGCAGGCAGCCGCCUGGACCAGCGGGUUCCCCAGAUCGCCUUCGUGAUCACGGGAGGCAAGUCGGCAGAGGAUGCUCAGGACGUGAGCCUGGCACUCACCCAGAAGGGCGUCAAAGUGUUUGCUGUGGGCGUGAGGAACAUCGACUCCGAGGAGGUGGGAAAGAUCGCCUCCAACAGUGCCACGGCAUUCCGGGUGGGGAACGUGCAGGAGCUGUCGGAACUGAGCGAGCAAGUUUUGGAAACUUUGCAUGAUGCAAUGCACGAAACCUUGUGUCCUGGUGUGACGGAUGUUUCCAAAGCCUGUAAUCUGGAUGUGAUUCUGGGGUUUGAUGGUUCGAGAGAUCAGAAUGUAUUUGUGGCCCAGAAGGGCCUCGAGUCCAAGGUGGACGCCGUCUUGAACAGAAUCAGCCAGAUGCAGAGAAUCAGCUGCAGUGGCAGCCAGAUGCCCACUGUGCGGGUGUCGGUGGUGGCCAACACGCCCUCGGGGCCCGUGGAGGCCUUUGAAUUUGCCGAAUACCAGCCAGAGAUGUUCGAGAAGUUCCAGAACAUGCGCAGCCAGCACCCCUACAUCCUCACGGCCGACACGCUGAAGGCCUAUCAGAACAAGUUCAGACAGUCGUCGCCCGGCACUGUGAAGGUGGUCAUUCAUUUUACUGACGGUGUGGAUGGCGAUCUGGCAGAAUUACACAGAGCUUCUGAGGAGCUGCGACAAGAAGGUGUCCAGGCUUUGAUCUUGGUGGGCCUGGAGCGAGUAGCCAACCUGGAGCGGCUGACGCAGCUGGAGUUCGGCCGCGGGUUCAUGUACGACAAGCCCCUCAGGCUUAACCUGCUGGACUUGGAUUACGAACUAGCAGAGCAGCUCGACAACAUUGCUGAGAAAGCUUGCUGUGGGGUUCCCUGCAAGUGCUCUGGACAAAGGGGAGACCGCGGGCCCAUUGGCACCAUCGGGCCAAAGGGUGUUUCCGGUGAAGACGGCUACCGAGGGUACCCUGGCGACGAGGGCGGACCCGGCGAGCGAGGCCCACCUGGUGUGAACGGCACUCAAGGUUUCCAGGGCUGCCCCGGCCAGAGAGGGAUAAAGGGCUCUCGAGGAUUCCCAGGAGAAAAGGGUGAAUUGGGGGAAAUUGGACUGGAUGGUCUUGAUGGUGAAGAUGGAGACAAAGGAUUGCCUGGAUCGUCUGGAGAGAAGGGGAAUCCUGGAAGAAGGGGUGAUAAAGGACCUAAAGGAGACAAAGGAGAAAGAGGAGAUGUUGGAAUUCGAGGUGACCCGGGUGAGUCAGGACAGGACGGCCAGCAGAGUGGACCCAAAGGAGAAGCCGGUGACAUUGGCCCCAUGGGUCUCUCAGGGAGCGAUGGAUUACCUGGAAGUCCUGGAGAAACUGGAAAGAACGGCGGCUAUGGCCGAAGGGGACCACCAGGAGCUAAGGGCAACAAGGGUGGUCCAGGCCCUCAGGGCUUCGAGGGAGAGCAGGGGACCCGAGGCGCACAGGGUCCACCUGGUCCCACUGGUCCUCCAGGCCUGAUAGGAGAACAAGGCAUUCCUGGGUCCCGGGGAAGUGGAGGUACGGCUGGUGCUCCUGGAGAACGCGGCAGAGCGGGUCCCCUAGGAAGAAAGGGUGAGCCUGGAGAGGCAGGAACAAAGGGAGGAAUUGGGAGCCGCGGCCCUCGUGGGGAGACGGGAGAUGAUGGGCGAGAUGGAGUUGGCAGUGAUGGACGCAGAGGCAAAAAAGGAGAAAGAGGAUUCCCUGGAUACCCAGGACCAAAGGGUACCUCUGGCGAGCCUGGGCCGGGCGGGUCACCGGGACCCAAAGGCAUCCGAGGCCGAAGGGGAAAUUCAGGACCUCCGGGGGCAGUUGGACAGAAGGGAGACCCUGGCUACCCGGGACCGUCUGGUCACAAAGGCAACAGAGGCGACUCCAUAGACCAAUGUGGCCUCGUCCAAAGCAUCAAAGAUAAAUGUCCUUGCUGCUACGGGCCCCUGGAAUGCCCCGUCUUCCCGACAGAACUAGCCUUUGCUUUAGACACCUCCGAGGGGGUCACCCCAGACAUGUUUAGCCGGAUGAGAGAUGUGCUCUUGAGCAUUGUGGGUGACUUGACCGUUGCCGAGAGCAACUGCCCACGGGGGGCCCGAGUGGCUGUGGUCACCUAUAACAACGAGGUGACCACGGAGAUCCGCUUUGCUGACUCCAAGAAGAAGUCCGCCCUCUUGGAGAAGAUUAAGAACCUUCAGCUGUCUCUGACGUCCAAGCAGCAGAGUCUGGAAACCGCCAUGUCAUUCGUGGCCAGAAACACAUUUAAGCGAGUGAGGAAUGGAUUCCUGAUGAGGAAAGUGGCCAUUUUCUUCAGCACUAAGCCCACAAGGGCAUCCCCACAGCUCAGAGAGGCCGUGCUCAAGCUCUCAGAUGCAGGGAUCACGCCUUUGUUCCUUACGAGCCAGGAGGACCGGCAGCUCAUCAACGCCUUGCAGAUCAACAACACGGCGGUUGGACAUGCUCUCGUCCUGCCCGCGGGGGGAGACCUCACCAACUUCCUGAAGAACGUCCUUACUUGUCACGUUUGCUUGGACAUCUGCAACAUUGACCCAUCCUGUGGAUUUGGCAGCUGGAGGCCUGCCUUCAGGGAUAGGAGAGCGGCUGGCAGCGAUGUGGACAUCGACAUGGCUUUCAUCUUAGACAGCGCUGAGACCACCACUCUGUUCCAGUUCAAUGAGAUGAAGAAGUUCAUAGGGUACCUGGUCAGACAACUGGACAUGAGUCCAGACCCCAAGGCCUCCCAGCACUUUGCCAGAGUGGCCGUGGUACAGCAGGCACCCUACGCGUCCGUGGGCAAUGCCAGCGUGCCGCCUGUGAAGGUGGAGUUCUCCCUGACUGACUAUGGCUCCAAGGGGAAGCUGGUGGACUUCCUCAGUAGCGGAAUGACACAGCUGCAGGGAACCAGGGCCCUGGGCAGUGCCAUUGACUACACCAUAGAGAACAUCUUUGAAAGUGCACCAAACCCCCGGGACCUGAAAGUUGUGGUUCUGAUGCUGACGGGCGAGGUGCAGAAGCAGCAGCUGGAGGAGGCCCAGAAAGCCGUCUUGCAGGCCAAGUGCAAAGGCUACUUCUUCGUGGUUCUGGGCAUCGGCAGGAAGGUGAACAUCAAGGAGGUGUAUGGCUUUGCCAGCGAGCCCAAUGACGUCUUCUUCAAGCUGGUGGACAAGUCGACCGAGCUCAACGAGGAGCCUUUGAUGCGCUUCGGGAGGCUGUUACCAUCUUUCGUGGGCAGUGAAAAUGCUUUUUACUUGUCUCCAGAUAUCAGGAAACAGUGUGAUUGGUUCCAAGGGGACCAACCAGCAAAGAAUCCUGUGAAGUUUGGUCACAAACAAGUAAAUGCUCCAAAUAAUGUUACUUCAAGUCCUACAUCCAAACCAGUGACCACAACGAAGCCAGUGACCACAAAAGAACCAGUGACCACCACUACAAAACCAGUAGCUAUCGUAAAUCUGCCCUCUGCAAAGCCAGCUGCUGCCAAGCCUGUGGCUGCCAAGCCUGUGGCCACAAAGAUGGCCACAGUCAGACCUGCAGUGGCCAUGAAUCCCGCAGCAGCAAAGCCAGUGGCAGCAAAUCCUGCAGUGGCAAAACCAGCGGCCAUGAGUCCUGCAGCAGCAAAGCCAGUGGCAGCGAAUCCUGCAGUGGCAAAACCAGCGGCCAUGAGUCCUGCAGCAGCAAAGCCAGUGGCAGCGAAUCCUGCAGUGGCAAAACCAGCGGCCAUGAGUCCUGCAGCAGCAAAGCCAGUGGCAGCGAAUCCUGCAGUGGCAAAAACAGCAGCCAUGAGUCCUGCAGCAGCAAAGCCAGUGGCAGCGAAUCCUGCAGUGGCAAAACCAGCGGCCAUGAGUCCUGCAGCAGCAAAGCCAGUGGCAGCGAAUCCUGCAGUGGCAAAAACAGCGGCCAUGAGUCCUGCAGCGACGAAGCCAGCCGCAGUGAAUCCUGAGGCGGCAAAGCCAGUGGCAGCGAAUCCUGCAGUGGUGAAGCCAGCAGCUGUAAGAUCCCCCGCCACCACCACUGCUGCAAAACCAGUGGCCACCAAGCCUGAGGCCCCCAGGUCACAGGCAGCCAAACCAGUCGCCACCAAGUCAGUCCUUGCUAAGCCCAUGGUUAAGGCAUCCCGAGAAAUCCAGGUGUCCGAGGUCACAGAGAACAGCGCCAAGCUCCACUGGGAGAGGCCCGAGCCCCCUAGUCCUUAUUUUUAUGACCUCACCGUCACCUCGGCCCACGAUCAGUCCCUGGUUCUGAAACAGAACCUCACAGUCACGGACCGUGUCAUCGGGGGUCUGCUCCCCGGGCAGAUGUACCAUGUCACGGUGGUCUGCUACCUGAGGUCCCAUAUCAGAGCCACCUACCAAGGAAGCUUCAGUACAAAGAAAACUCAGCCUCCACCUCCACAGUCAGCAAGGUUAGCUUCCAGUGCAACCAUCAAUCUCAUGGUGAACACAGAACCAUUGGCGCUUACUGAAACAGAUAUAUGUAAGUUGCCAAAAGAAGAAGGAACUUGCAGGGAUUUCAUAUUAAAAUGGUACUAUGAUCCGGAGACCAAAAGCUGUGCAAGAUUCUGGUACGGAGGCUGUGGUGGAAAUGAGAACAAAUUUGAAUCACAGAAAGAAUGUGAAAAGGUCUGCGCUCCUGUGCUCGCCAAACCUGGAGUCAUCAAUGUGAUCGGAACCUAAGCGCGGCUGACCAGCGACAUAUACCUCUUGAAGAAGGAGUCAGCCAUUUCCAAGUCGUCUUUGUAGAAGCUCUGGGUAGAGAUCCCCUUGCACUGUACCAUUUCCUGCUUUGAUUUACACUCGAUCUCGGGAGGAAACGUUCUGCCGCAUGACCUAUCAAUAUGGUGCUAAGUGUGUCUGUGGACCCAUGGCUCUUCGUCUCCAGGCAGUUAUAUCGUAGACUUCGAACGUCGUGUAAUAGUUAUCCACUGCUGGUGUUUAUGUGAACAUUUCUAUAAAUUCAAAUUCCCUCUGGAGUUUUAUGUUAUGCCUGUCUCAGGCAAAUGUAAGAUCUAGAAAAUAACCCCAAACGUCACAGCUACUCUAUAUACUUUCGCUUGGUUCAUUUUUUCCCCUCUUAAUUUAGCAUGACUUUAGAUGGAAAGCCUGUGUAUGGUGGAGAAACAAGAACCCAACUUUUCCCUUUCCCCCCAACUUCCCCCUAAUUUCCUUUCCAAUUAGAUUUCAAGCUAAUUUUCUUUUUCUAAAGCCUCUAACGAAUGCUCUAGUUAGGGGCAAGCAAAAUCCCUUAAUCUUCGCGCACUGUUGGGACCAAUGUCUUAAUUAAAGAAUGAAAAGAAAGUCAUAAUAGAGAAUAUUUUUGGCAUUCCUCUAAUGUUGUGUGUGUGGUUUUUUUUUUUUUUAUGCGGGGGUUGGGGUUUAAUUUUAAUUUUAAAAUU